AUGGCAUCUAUUGGCAUAUCCUCGUCGCCAUUACCACCACCCUUGGCGUCAUCGUCGUCGUCGUCUUCCAACAAGCUACCCUCGCACCUCGGCUUCGUGGGUCUCGGGGUGAUGGGGUUCGCCAUGUUUUGUAACCUUGCCCGCAAGGUGCCGGCGGGCUCGACGGUGCAUUUCUACGACGUCAAUCCGGACAGCAUGGAACGGGCGGCGAGAGAGCCCGGGCUCGUGGCGCAGUUGGACAGAUGUAGUUGCGCAAGAGAGGUCGCGGAGAAAAGUGAAGUACUCAUAUCCAUGGUCCCCCAGGGCAAACAUGUCCGCGCAGUGUAUCUGGAUCCUGAAAAUGGGGUCCUGGCAGCAACCGACCUGUCCGGCAAGAUCCUACUGGACAGCAGCACCAUCGACACGACGACGUCGCUCUUGGUGGGCGAAGAAACGCGCAAGAGACACGGCGGCGGCGGGGCGGCGGCGGCGGCGGCGGCAACAUUCUACGACGCGCCCGUGUCAGGAGGCAGCCUCGGAGCACGCAACGCCACCAUCACAUUCAUGGUCGGGUGCGCCGAGUCGGACCCCAACAUGCCCUUGCUGAGGGAGCUGUUCGGGCUCAUGGGCCGGAACACGUUCGCGUGCGGCGGGCCGAGCCUGGGCCUCGUGGCGAAGCUGUGCAACAACUACCUCAGCUUCGCGACGACGCUGGCCAACGCCGAGAUGUUCAACCUGGCCAUCAGGAGCGGCAUGGACCCCGGGAUCCUGCGCGACAUUCUCAAGACGUCGAGCGGCGGCAACAGGAACGCCCAGGUCGAGAACCCCGUGCCCGGCCUCAACCCGGACGCCCCCGCGAGCAACGGCUACAGACCCGGCUUUGCCAUCGAGUACGUCAAGAAGGACAUUGAGCUGGCCAUGGACGCCUGCGACCGUGUCGGUGCGAAAGUGUGCAUGGGACGCUCGAUCAGGGAUGCAUAUCUCGCUGCCAGUCUGCACGAGGGGAAUGCUGGGAUGGAUUCAAAGAUUGUGUAUCGCUGGAUGGGAGGCGAGGAGGAUUGGAAAGGAAAGUUGGGAUUGUGA